AUGGCAGCACGGCUGCUCGCACCACCAGGCCCUGAUAGUUUCAAGCCUUUCACCCCUGAGUCGCUGGCAAACAUCGAGAGGCGCAUUGCUGAAAGCAAGCUCAAGAAACCGCCAAAGGCUGAUGGCAGUCAUCGGGAGGACGAUGAGGACAGCAAGCCCAAGCCAAACAGUGACCUGGAAGCAGGGAAGAGUUUGCCUUUCAUCUACGGGGACAUCCCCCAAGGCCUGGUUGCAGUUCCCCUGGAGGACUUAGACCCAUACUAUUUGACGCAGAAAACCUUUGUAGUAUUAAACAGAGGGAAAACUCUCUUCAGAUUUAGUGCCACGCCUGCCUUGUACAUUUUAAGUCCUUUUAACCUGAUAAGAAGAAUAGCUAUUAAAAUCUUGAUACAUUCAGUAUUUAGCAUGAUCAUUAUGUGCACUAUUUUGACCAACUGUGUAUUCAUGACUUUUAGUAACCCUCCUGACUGGUCGAAGAAUGUGGAGUACACGUUCACAGGGAUUUAUACAUUUGAAUCACUAGUGAAAAUCAUUGCGAGAGGCUUCUGCAUAGAUGGCUUUACCUUUUUACGGGAUCCAUGGAACUGGUUAGAUUUCAGUGUCAUCAUGAUGGCAUAUGUGACAGAGUUUGUGGACCUGGGCAAUGUCUCAGCGCUGAGAACAUUCAGGGUUCUCCGAGCUUUGAAAACUAUCUCUGUAAUUCCAGGCCUGAAGACAAUUGUAGGUGCCCUGAUUCAGUCUGUGAAGAAGCUGUCAGAUGUGAUGAUCCUGACAGUGUUCUGCCUGAGUGUUUUUGCCCUGAUUGGACUGCAGCUGUUCAUGGGGAACCUUCGGAACAAGUGUGUUGUGUGGCCCAUAAACUUCAAUGAGAGCUAUCUUGAAAAUGGCACCAAAGGCUUUGAUUGGGAAGAGUAUAUCAACAAUAAAACAAACUUUUACACGGUUGCUGGCAUGUUAGAACCUUUACUCUGUGGGAACAGUUCUGAUGCUGGACAAUGCCCAGAGGGAUACCAGUGUAUGAAAGCAGGAAGGAACCCCAACUAUGGUUACACAAGUUUUGAUACUUUCAGCUGGGCCUUCUUGGCAUUAUUUCGCCUUAUGACCCAGGACUAUUGGGAAAACUUGUAUCAAUUGACUUUACGAGCAGCUGGGAAAACAUACAUGAUCUUUUUUGUUUUGGUCAUCUUUGUGGGUUCUUUCUAUCUGGUGAACUUGAUCUUGGCUGUGGUGGCCAUGGCUUAUGAAGAGCAGAAUCAGGCAACACUGGAAGAAGCAGAGCAAAAAGAGGCUGAGUUCAAAGCAAUGUUGGAGCAACUUAAAAAACAACAGGAAGAGGCACAGGCUGCAGCAAUGGCCACCUCUGCAGGAACUGUCUCAGAAGAUGCCAUAGAAGAAGAAGGUGAAGAAGGUGGGGGCUCUCCUCGGAGCUCAUCUGAACUUUCUAAACUCAGUUCAAAGAGUGCCAAGGAAAGACGCAACAGGAGAAAGAAGAGGAAGCAAAAAGAACUCUCUGAAGGAGAGGAGAAGGGGGAUCCUGAGAAGGUGUUUAAGUCAGAGUCAGAGGACGGUAUGAGGAGGAAGGCCUUUCGGCUGCCAGACAACAGAAUAGGGCGGAAGUUUUCCAUCAUGAAUCAGUCACUGCUCAGCAUCCCGGGCUCGCCCUUCCUCUCCCGCCACAACAGCAAAAGCAGCAUCUUCAGUUUCCGGGGCCCUGGGCGGUUCCGAGACCCGGGCUCAGAGAACGAGUUCGCAGACGACGAGCACAGCACGGUGGAGGAGAGCGAGGGCCGCCGGGACUCCCUCUUCAUCCCCAUCCGGGCCCGCGAGCGCCGCAGCAGCUACAGCGGCUACAGCGGCUACAGCCAGGGCAGCCGCUCGUCGCGUAUCUUCCCCAGUCUGCGGCGCAGCGUGAAGCGCAACAGCACGGUGGACUGCAACGGCGUGGUGUCCCUCAUCGGCGGCCCCGGCUCCCACAUCGGCGGGCGUCUCCUGCCAGAGGUGAAAAUAGAUAAGGCAGCUACCGAUGACAGUGCUACAACUGAGGUGGAAAUUAAGAAGAAAGGCCCUGGAUCUCUUUUAGUUUCCAUGGACCAACUGGCCUCUUAUGGGCGGAAGGACAGAAUCAACAGUAUAAUGAGUGUUGUUACAAAUACACUGGUGGAAGAACUGGAAGAGUCUCAGAGAAAGUGCCCACCAUGCUGGUAUAAAUUUGCCAACACUUUCCUCAUCUGGGAGUGUCACCCAUACUGGAUAAAACUGAAAGAGAUCGUUAACUUGAUAGUUAUGGACCCUUUCGUGGACUUAGCCAUCACCAUCUGCAUUGUCCUGAAUACACUGUUUAUGGCAAUGGAGCACCAUCCUAUGACGCCGCAGUUUGAACAUGUCUUGACUGUAGGAAACCUGGUUUUCACUGGAAUUUUCACAGCAGAAAUGUUCCUGAAGCUCAUAGCCAUGGAUCCCUACUAUUAUUUCCAAGAAGGUUGGAACAUUUUUGACGGAUUUAUUGUCUCCCUCAGUUUAAUGGAACUGGGUCUAGCAGACGUGGAGGGGCUAUCGGUGCUGCGGUCUUUCCGAUUGCUCCGAGUCUUCAAAUUGGCCAAAUCCUGGCCCACCCUGAACAUGCUAAUCAAGAUUAUCGGAAAUUCAGUGGGUGCCCUAGGCAACCUGACCUUAGUGCUGGCGAUUAUAGUCUUCAUCUUCGCCGUAGUGGGGAUGCAACUCUUUGGAAAAAGCUACAAAGAGUGUGUCUGCAAGAUCAACCAGGACUGUGAACUUCCUCGCUGGCAUAUGCAUGACUUUUUCCAUUCCUUCCUCAUUGUCUUUCGAGUGUUGUGCGGAGAGUGGAUUGAGACCAUGUGGGACUGCAUGGAGGUGGCAGGCCAGGCCAUGUGCCUCAUUGUCUUUAUGAUGGUCAUGGUGAUUGGCAACUUGGUGGUGUUGAACCUGUUCUUGGCCUUGCUCCUGAGCUCCUUCAGUGCAGACAACCUGGCAGCCACGGAUGACGAUGGGGAAAUGAACAACCUACAGAUCUCCGUGAUCCGCAUCAAGAAGGGUGUGGCCUGGAUCAAGGUGAAGGUGCAUGCCUUCAUGCAGGCCCACUUCAAGCAGCGUGAGGCUGAUGAGGUGAAGCCUCUGGAUGAAUUAUAUGAAAAGAAGGCCAACUGUAUUGCCAACCACACUGGUGCAGACAUCCACCGGAAUGGGGACUUCCAGAAGAAUGGCAAUGGCACAACCAGUGGCAUUGGCAGCAGCGUGGAGAAAUACAUCAUUGAUGAGGACCACAUGUCCUUCAUCAACAAUCCCAACUUGACCGUGCGGGUGCCCAUUGCUGUAGGCGAGUCUGAUUUUGAGAACCUCAACACAGAGGAUGUUAGCAGCGAGUCAGAUCCUGAAGGCAGCAAAGAUAAACUGGAUGAUACCAGCUCUUCCGAAGGAAGCACCAUCGAUAUCAAACCAGAAGUAGAAGAAGUCCCUGUGGAACAGCCUGAGGAAUACUUGGAUCCAGAUGCCUGCUUCACAGAAGGUUGUGUCCAGCGGUUCAAGUGCUGCCAGGUCAACAUUGAGGAAGGUCUAGGCAAGUCUUGGUGGAUCCUACGGAAAACCUGCUUCCUCAUCGUGGAGCACAAUUGGUUUGAGACCUUCAUCAUCUUCAUGAUCCUGCUCAGCAGUGGCGCCCUGGUCUCUUUAGUCAGCCUUAUAGCUAAUGCCCUGGGCUACUCGGAACUAGGUGCCAUAAAGUCCCUUAGGACCCUAAGAGCUUUGAGACCCUUAAGAGCCUUAUCACGAUUUGAAGGGAUGAGGGUGGUGGUGAAUGCCUUGGUGGGCGCCAUCCCCUCCAUCAUGAAUGUGCUGCUGGUGUGUCUCAUCUUCUGGCUGAUUUUCAGCAUCAUGGGAGUUAACCUAUUUGCGGGAAAGUACCACUACUGCUUUAAUGAGACUUCUGAAAUCCGAUUUGAAAUUGAAGUGGUCAAUAAUAAAACUGAAUGUGAAAAGCUCAUGGAGGGAAACAAUACAGAGAUCCGAUGGAAGAAUGUGAAGAUCAACUUUGACAAUGUUGGGGCAGGAUACCUGGCCCUUCUUCAAGUGGCGACCUUCAAAGGCUGGAUGGACAUCAUGUAUGCAGCUGUAGAUUCCCGCAAGCCUGAUGAGCAGCCUAAGUAUGAAGAUAAUAUCUACAUGUACAUCUACUUUGUCAUCUUCAUCAUCUUUGGCUCCUUCUUCACCCUGAACCUGUUCAUUGGUGUCAUCAUUGAUAACUUCAAUCAACAAAAGAAAAAGUUCGGAGGUCAGGACAUUUUCAUGACUGAAGAACAAAAGAAGUACUACAAUGCCAUGAAAAAGCUGGGCUCAAAGAAACCACAGAAACCCAUUCCCCGUCCUGUGAACAAAAUCCAAGGUAUCGUCUUUGAUUUCGUCACUCAACAAGCCUUUGACAUUGUUAUCAUGAUGCUCAUCUGCCUUAACAUGGUGACAAUGAUGGUGGAGACUGAUACUCAGAGCAAGCAGAUGGAGAACAUCUUAAACUGGAUUAACCUGGUCUUUGUUAUCUUCUUCACUUGUGAGUGUGUGCUCAAAAUGUUUGCCUUGAGGCACUACUACUUUACCAUUGGCUGGAACAUCUUCGACUUCGUGGUAGUCAUCCUCUCCAUUGUGGGAAUGUUCCUGGCUGAUAUAAUAGAGAAAUACUUUGUAUCCCCAACCCUAUUCCGAGUCAUCCGAUUGGCCCGAAUUGGGCGCAUCUUGCGUCUAAUCAAAGGUGCCAAAGGGAUUCGCACCCUGCUCUUUGCCUUAAUGAUGUCCUUGCCUGCUCUGUUCAACAUUGGCCUUCUGCUCUUCCUGGUCAUGUUCAUCUUCUCCAUCUUUGGGAUGUCCAAUUUUGCAUAUGUGAAGCACGAGGCUGGCAUCGAUGACAUGUUCAACUUUGAGACAUUUGGCAACAGCAUGAUCUGCCUAUUUCAGAUCACAACCUCAGCUGGUUGGGAUGGUCUGCUGCUGCCUAUCCUAAACCGGCCCCCUGACUGCAGUUUAGAUAAGGAACACCCAGGGAGUGGCUUCAAGGGAGACUGCGGGAACCCCUCCGUGGGCAUCUUCUUCUUUGUAAGCUACAUCAUUAUCUCCUUCCUAAUUGUUGUGAACAUGUACAUUGCCAUCAUCUUGGAGAACUUCAGUGUAGCCACAGAGGAAAGUGCAGACCCUCUGAGUGAGGAUGACUUUGAGACCUUCUAUGAGAUCUGGGAGAAGUUUGAUCCCGAUGCCACCCAAUUCAUUGAGUACUGUAAGCUGGCAGACUUUGCAGAUGCCUUGGAGCAUCCACUCCGAGUGCCCAAGCCCAACACCAUUGAGCUCAUCGCCAUGGAUCUGCCAAUGGUGAGCGGGGAUCGCAUCCACUGCUUGGACAUCCUUUUUGCCUUCACCAAGCGAGUUCUAGGAGACAGUGGGGAACUGGACAUUCUGCGGCAGCAGAUGGAAGAGCGGUUCGUGGCAUCUAAUCCUUCCAAAGUGUCUUACGAGCCAAUCACGACCACACUGCGGCGUAAGCAGGAGGAAGUAUCUGCAGUGGUCCUGCAGCGCGCCUACCGGGGACAUUUGGCAAGGCGGGGCUUCAUCUACAAAAAGACAACUUCCAAUAAGCUGGAGAAUGGAGGUGCCCACCGGGAGAAAAAAGAAAGCACCCCGUCCACAGCCUCCCUCCCAUCUUAUGACAGUGUGACUAAACCUGAAAAGGAGAAGCAGCAGCGGGCAGAGGAAGGAAGAAGGGAAAGAGCCAAAAGACAAAAAGAGGUCAGAGAAUCCAAGUGUUAG